ACUAGGGAAUCUGCACCCCGGCUUUUCAUUGUUCAGCUGCCCUUGACAAUCAGAGAAUUUCUUUCAUGAGAAGGAAGAGAGGACGGGAAGAUGCUCCGGGGGUCCUGCCAAUAAUGCUUAUCAGUAAUAACGCCGUCACCAGCUCGGCUCUCUGUUCCCAGCUGAGAUCUGCACCACCACAUUACUGACCACACUAGGGGCCACCAAGGGUUGUUAGGAUACGAUCUUCUUCCACCCUGGACUGUCGAUGCCAGAAAGUCACCUGAAGAGCCCCCGCCCGAGGCCUCCUCAUGGAUGAGACAAACGUGACAUCGUUUACUGUCGAGGGUCCCGCAAACGCCUCAAGCAGCGGGAACACCUCGGUGGGACAGUCGCGCCCACAAAUUCCAGUCGUGCACUGGGUCAUUCUCAGCAUUUCCCCGGUGGGGCUUGUUGAAAAUGGAAUUCUCCUCUGGUUCCUCUGUUUCCGGAUGAGAAGAAACCCCUUCACUGUCUACAUCGCCCACUUGUCCGCCGCGGACAUCUCAUUACUCUUUUGUAUUUUUAUUCUGUCUAUUGACUAUGCUUUAGAGUAUGAGCUUUCUUCUGGCCAUUACUACACAAUUGUCACAUUGUCGGUGACUUUUCUGUUUGGCUACAACACGGGCCUCUAUCUGCUGACGGCCAUCAGUGUGGAGAGGUGCCUGUCCGUCCUCUACCCCAUCUGGUACCGAUGCCACCGCCCCAAGCACCAGUCGGCAUUUGUCUGUGCUCUCCUGUGGGCUCUUUCUUGCUUAGUGACCACCAUGGAGUAUGUCAUGUGCAUCGACAGUGGGGAAGAGAGUCACUCUCGGAGUGACUGCAGGGCAGUCAUCAUCUUCAUCGCCAUUCUGAGUUUCCUGGUCUUCACUCCACUCAUGGUGGGAUCCAGCACCAUCUUGGUAGUGAAGAUCCGCAAGAACACGUGGGCACCCCACUCUUCCAAGCUGUACCUGGUCAUCACGUUCACCAUCAUCAUAUUCCUCCUCUUUGCCAUGCCCAUGAGACUCCUCUACCUGCUGUACUCUGAGCACUGGUCCACCUUUGGGAACCUCCACCACAUUUCUCUCCUCUUCUCCACAAUCAACAGUAGUGCCAACCCUUUCAUUUACUUCUUCGUGGGCAGCAGCAAGAAGAAGCGGUUCAAGGAAUCCUUGAAAGUGGUUCUGACCAGGGCUUUCAAAGAUGACAUGCAAGCUAGACGCCAGGAAGACAGCGGUAAUACUGUCACAGUUGAGACUGUCGUCUGAGGACCACAGAGGGAAAUUGUGGACUAAGAUGGUGGAACACAGAGAAUUUUUACUUUGUGCUUGGAAUACAACUGGAGUGUGCCCUAAAUAUGAUACAGAAGGACACUCCACCCCGCAUGCAUGAGAUACUAAUUAUUGGUGUACCGUAUCCUCUGGAAAUGCCCAAUAGGUGUCGGGCCUUUGUCAUUUCUGUGCUUAUCAAAACCGCUUUCUGUUCUUCUCAGCUCUUC